AUGGUUACUCGCAGAGCUACUCACGCUGGGUCAUGGUACACAGACAAAGGGCCAGCCCUUUCACAGCAACUCGAUGGCUGGCUGGCAGAUGUACCAAGCUCCAUAACCCCUGUGGGCACUGCAUCCUCGCAGGCAGGUGAUAUUUCUGUACCAACACAGAAUGCCCGAGCUAUCAUCGGACCGCAUGCUGGAUACUCUUACUCCGGGCCUGCCGCUGCAUGGGCUUACAAGACGGUUGACUGGGCUAAUGCUAAACGUGUCUUCCUUCUGUUUCCUUCCCACCACUACUACCUCUCCGGCGCUGCAACCACAGGAUGCAGCAAGUACGCUACGCCGAUCGGUGAUCUCACCAUAGACACUGCACUGGUCAAGCAGAUACAGGAGGAAUGGAAGCUCGAGGUCAUGAAUAAAGGUGUCGACGAGGACGAGCACAGCUCGGAGAUGCACCUCCCGUACAUCUACAAGAUGCUGUCACUAAAGAAUACAAGCUUCCGGUCGAAUCCAACUUCAGUACCACUGGUCCCGAUCAUGGUUGGCAACACGGACGCCCGCGCGGAAGCCCACUACGGCUCUCUCCUCGCCCCCUACCUUGCUGAUCCGAGCAACAUCUUCGUCAUAUCCUCCGAUUUCUGCCACUGGGGCUCCCGCUUCAGAUACACAUACUACCAGCCACCUGACAGCUCGGCUGCGAUCGACCUGAAGUCUAACUCGCGGGUUGCAAGCGACUACCCCAUUCACGAGAGUAUUGCAGCAGUGGAUAAGGAGAGUAUGGAUGCGGUCGAGAGUGGGUCGCACAGCGAGUUCUUGCAGCAACUGAAGGAUACGGGGAAUACAGUGUGUGGCAGACAUCCUAUUGGCGUGUUCCUGGCUGCUGUGGAGCAUGCCGAGGGCCUGGGUGAGGGCAAAGGACGGUUCAAGUUCGUGAGGUAUGAGAGGAGCAGUUUGGUGGAGGAUAUCCGCGACAGCAGCGUCUCGUAUGCGAGCGCAUUUGCAGUCUUGUGAGGCUCCGUGUGAACGAGAUGGUCGGUGUGCACGAAUGAGACAGCAUGGGCACGAGAUGUCCUGCUAAACUCUUCAUGGAAUGCGAUCAAUUUAUGGACAAGCAUUUGGUUUUAGAACGCUAUCAAUUUCCCCUUGUUACGCCCAACAGAUUACCAUCCACUGGAAAGUA